AUGACGACGAGCAAGCCGGUGGAGUACGAGCGGGCAUCGCCUCAUCGCGAGCAGCGACGACCCCGAGGACUGCUCAGGGUUGCACGCGGAGUUCAUGGCGUCCUUGAACGACAAGGACGCUGGAGGGGCGACAUCCACGCGGCGAUCGCCAUGUCCAUCCGCGACGCUGGGAUGCCACCUGUCAACCUCACCGACGACGAUGAAGUUGGGCCCAGCGGCGCGGUGAAGGACGAGCCCGUCGACAAGCCUGACAAGCACGGCAAGCAGGACAUCAUCGACGAUGGCAUGUACAAUUUCACCGGUACUACGACGCCUCUGGGCACCGCAAGCCCCGGCAACAAAAUCCCACUCACCUCCACAUCUCAAGCACCCCAUAACUUGGGUAAUCAGUUGAUUGAUUACUCCGACCGCAUCAUCAAGGCCCGCGCUCUUCUUGGCUUCGUUUACUUUCUGCUGAUCGUGUCUACUCGAUCGAUCGCGUUGCUCCAUCCAGGGGAGCAGAUCGAGACUAUUGAGAUGGACAAGCUGAGCGUGCACCACGGGCAGCACAACGGCGUCUCCAAGCCGCCGGUGCGCCACCACCAUGGCAAGAGCAAUGGGAAGAGGAAAGGGGGAGGAGGAGGAGGAGGAGGAGGAGGAGGAGGCGGGAAGGGGAUCAAGGUAGUGUACAUCUCCAGCCCCAUGAAACUUACGGCCAGCGCCGAGGAGUUCCGCGCUCUCGUGCAGGAACUCACCGGCCGCUACUCCAACGUUGCCGACCACGACGCCCAGGGCGUCCCGUCCUACUACUCGCCGUCCUCCUCCUCCGACUACUCCUCGUUGGGACGCACCUCUCCAAUCGCGGCAGGUGACAGUACGGCCGCUGCGGGCGCACGCACUUUGCCGCCAGCGAUGGCGCCGGAGUACAUGGCCACCGCCGGCACCAUGCCUCUGCCGUUCCAGAGCAUGUAUGAUCAAACGGGAGGCGCCGACCUGCUUUACGGCCAUGACUACUACUGGUAGGACCGGACAUCCUCCCCCAGGGAUUGGGAAUUCUCUGUGUACAGUUAGGCUUCUUGGAUUUUAGAUCGGCUUGUAUCGGAGAUGAUGGUGUUCAUGUUUAUAUGAGAGCUGUUACGUCUGAACAACACUAA